CUUCUUUCUGCUCUCUGCUCUAGUGAGUCAGUUGUGUCUGACAUUUGUAUUUCCUUCCCCGGAGGUAGGAUGCAUGGCGCAGGAACAAUCUCUGGCAAGGUUAUUGGACGGCCCAGCUACAGCUUGUGUCUACCUCCGUGACUUCAAUAACUGAAGGAAUCUCUGCUUUCCACACACUUCAUACGAAUACAAAAACAUAAUGGAGGACCAAGACUUCAAUAAAGCACCUUCACCUUCAGCAUCUGCACCCCAAGUUCUGCUUUUGGGGAAAGAGGAAGAUAAAAAGACAGAGCUUUUCAACUUUAUAAUAGGAAAUAUUCAACCCUGGGAAAGCUAUUUGCCAAAGCCUUUUGCACAGAUGUCUUCGGUGGAAGAUGGAAAAAGGAGAGGAAAGCCUCUAAAAGUAGUAAAAACUCCAGAUGUUUUCAGUCUGUCUGUGGAGAAGCUCAGACGAGAGAUGAGGAACGCUGUGAGUCUUUGUCCUCCAGGACCAAAUGUUCUGCUGCUGUUAGUGAAACCUUCAAAGUUCACUGAAGAGAACAGACAAACACUAAAGUUCAUCCUCAGUCUGUUUGGUCAAGAUGCUUUUAAACACUCAGUGAUCAUCAGCACACAUGAGGACGGUCAAACAGACGACUCUUUCAGUCAACUCUGUAGACACUGUGCAGGAAGACACUACAAUAUGGCUGAGAAUAAUUACACAAUACUAAUGGAUCAAAUCAAGAAAAUUAUUCACGACAACAAAGGAGACUUCCUCACCCUCACUGAAGAGUUGAUCACUCUGAAGUCUGAACACAUGAAACCAGCUUUAAACCUGGUCCUGUGGGGGAGGAGAGGAGCAGGGAAGACUUCAGCAGCAAAGGCCAUUUUAGGUCAGACUGGUCUUUAUUCAGCCUCCAGCUCAUCAGAGUGUGUUAAACAUCAGGGAGAGGUGUGUGGACGUUGGGUUUCCCUGGUGGAGCUUCCUGCUCUGAGUGGAAAACCUCUGGAGACAGUGAUGGAGGAAUCACUCAGGUGUGUCUCCCUCUGUGAUCCUGAAGGUGUCCAUGCCUUCAUCCUGGUCCUACCUGUGAGUCCUCUCACUGAUGAAGACAAGAGAGAGUUAAAGAUGAUCCAGAACACCUUCAGCUCUCAAGUCAAUGACCUCACCAUGAUUCUGUUCACUGUAGAGUCAGAUCCUACAGCUCCAGCUGUUGUUAACUUUCUACAGAAAAACAAGGAAGUUCAGGAGCUCCUUCAGCUCCUUAGCUGUGGAGGAAGAUCUUUAGUUCUCAACAUCAAGGACAAGCAGCAGAUCCCAGAGCUGCUAAAGAAGGUGGAGAAAGUGAGACCUAACAGAGGCAACCCAUGCAGCUAUACAACAGAGAUGUAUGCACAUGCCCAAAAUGAAACGAUCAGCAAACUACAUGCUAAGUUUGGAAUCACUUGUGAUGAUGAGAAGCAGAGCUCAGAGGGUCUCAGGAUUGUGCUGAUCGGGAAGACCGGCUGUGGGAAGAGUUCUUCAGGAAACACCAUUCUUGAAAGAAAGGAGUUUAAAGCCAAAUCAAGUCAAAUAUCAGUCACUAAGGACUGUCAGAAAGAACAAGGUGAAGUGGACGGUCGUCCUGUCACUGUGGUCGACACUCCUGGUCUGUUUGACACGACUCUGUCCAAUGAAGAGGUUCAAGAAGAGAUGAUAAAAUGCAUCAGUCUUCUGGCUCCAGGUCCACAUGUCUUCCUGUUGGUGAUACAAAUCGGAAGAUUAACACCUGAGGAGAAGGAGACAUUAAAACUGAUCAAAGAAGGCUUUGGGAAGGAUGCUGAGAAGUUCACCAUCAUUCUUUUCACUGGAGGAGAUUCACUGAAUCGUGAUAAUUUGUCCAUUGAAGAAUACAUAAAAACAGAAUGUGAUGAUUCCUUCAAGAAACUGAUCUCUGACUGUAGAGGAAGAUACCACGUGUUCAAUAACCGUGAGAAACAAAACAGAACUCAGGUCAGUGAGCUGAUGGCAAAGAUCGACACAAUGGUGAAGACAAAUGGGGGCAGCUGCUACACCAAUGAGAUGCUGCAAGAAGCUGAAACUGCUAUAAAGAAAGAAAUGGAGAGGAUCUUAAAGGAGAAAGAAGAGGAGAUGAGAAAAGAAAAGGGAGAACUUGAAAGUAAAUAUUCAAGGGAAAUGAAGACAAUGGCAAGAAGAAUGGAAGAACAUAAAGCAGAAAUUGAAAAUGAGAGAAAGGUGAGAGAAAAAGCACUUGAGGAAAAGGAGAAGAAAAUGAACAGGGUACUUGCGGACAGAAGAGAAGAACAAAAACAGAGAGAGGAGGGUGACAGGACAAAAAAAAAACAGGAAGAAAUUCAGCGACAGGAGUACAACCAGAAACUUGCAGCUUUAGAGGAAAAAUUAAGAUCAGCGUCAGAAUCAAAGGGAACAGUUGAAAGAGAGCUAAAGGAGAGCAGAGAAGAAAGGAAAAACUGGGAGGUGAAACAAAAAGAAUGGUGGGAUAAAAGAAAUCAAGAGGAUGAACAAACAAAGCAGAAGGACCAAGCAAUGCAUAAGAAGCUUCAAGAUGAAUAUGACCAGGAAAGAGACAUUCUUGAAAUGAAGAGAAAGGAAGAGGACCAAGAAAGACAAGAACAGGAAAAAAAGGAACAAGAAGACAUUGGAGAGAGCCAUGCUAAAGAAAAGGAGAAAUUGAAGAAGAAAUAUGAUGAGGAAGCCAGAAAGAAAGCUGAAGAGAUUAAUGAAUUUAAAGAGAAAUAUAAAAACAAAGAAGACCAGCUAGCAAAAAAGCAGAACACAAUUGAAAACUUGGUUAAAUGUUUAACCACACAGAACGGAAAUCAUGAAGUCCUCAAAUUACUGACAAAACAAAAGCAAGAAGUAAAGCAGGCAAGAUCUGAUGAGGAUAAGAACAAGAUGCAGGAAAGACAUGAAAAAGAAAUAAAUGACUUGAUACAGGAGCUCUCUGCGACAGUCAAUCAAUCAUGGUGUUGGAUUUCAUGAUAAUUGACAGGGAUGUCGUACUAAAUCAGUCUUAUCUUGGCUGAUUAGCUUACUGACUGUAAUUUGUUAAACACCCUUAGCCUUUAUCACUUAAAACAUUAUUUUUACCUGUAAAAAUCAACACUUGAAUCCAUUUCUGAGAACUGCGAUCAAAUCUGUUUCCCAUUAUUGUUUCUAAGUCAACAUAGUCUGUUUACCUGAAAGAAUGUCUCCAGUGCCUAACUGACUUUAUGAAACUUUGGCCGACAGGAUAAUAGUUUAAUCAAAAAACUUUGUUUUCUUUUAAAUACAAGUAGCAAUAGAAAUUUUAUUUAUAAUGCUAAUUUCAUUACACUUAAGCUCAAUCUGCUUUACAUGGAGGAUACAAACAAAGAAAAACAAUAAAAACAGAAAAACAAUAGAUACACCCAACAUAUGUAUAUCAGACACAGCAAUAAAACAAACAGCAAGUGUUGCUGCACAUGCAUCCAGUCACAACAGUCAUCGUGUUAUUCAUACGCUCUGGAAAAUUAUUACGUUUUUAGUUUUGUUUUAAAAGACAGACAGUUGUGAUGGACCUUAAGUCAGCAGAGAGAAGGACUGCAGUAAGGCCCCUUCAUUAGAUUUUGGUCUGACUCUGGGUACACUUAAAAGUCUUCCACCUGAUGACCUAAGGGUCCGGUCGGGUUGUAGACUGUGAGCAAGUCAGAAAUGUAUUGGGGAGCUGAACCAUUGAGUGCUUUAUGGACUAAUAAUAGGAUUUUGAAAUUGAUUAUUUCUGUAUUGAACGGGGAGCCAGUGAAGUGUCUGAAGAACUGGGGUGAUAUGUUAAAGUUUUCUCGUGUGUGUCAGGAUUCUAGCUGCUGUGCUCUGAAUGAGUUGGAGCUGUCCUAUGGAGUGUUUGGACAGCCCCACAUAUGGGGCGUUGCAAUAAUCUAACCAGGUUGAUAUGAAUACAUGGACUAAUUUCUCGGCAUCAGUUUGGGAUAUUGUUUUCUAAAUAGUAAAAUGUUGCUCUUGUUGUAUUGGUAUGUGAGAUUUAAAGUUAAGUUCUGAAUCUAAAAUUAAACCAAGAUUUCUGACUUGGUUAUUGUGUAUGAAAAAAAAAGAUUUAACACAAAGGACAUUGUAUUUGUUGUAUCAGUGGAAUAAAAAUGUUAAGAUGUUCAUGAAGAUUACCGAUGGUGCAGCUAAAAAAAAAGUGUUUUAAAACCGCCUAUGUGAUGCAUGUGUAUGAUAAAGAAUUACAAUAUAGUUAACAAAUACUUUGACAUUGUUUUUUAAAAAAUGAUUUUAAACUGUUCAAACUAGAAUAGUGCAU